UAAAACUUUUUUUUUACCUCAACUACAGUGGUAAAAGCUGGAUUUGUUAUUAAAUAGUAAACAAAAACUUGUGUGACAGGGUAAUGACAUGUUUAAUGAGACAUUUUAAUAACAAUUUUAGUUUGUUGCACUGAAAACAUGAACAGAAAAAUGUUAAUGACACAUUUAUAAAGCCUCGUGGUAAUGUCUUGCUCAUGUCAGUUAGUCAUGACAAAGAUGAAGACUGGUUCUGAUGUUUAGGAGUAGAAACUGAAAGUAGUUUUUUUGUGAUCAUACUUUAAACUAAACAUUUAAUUCAUUUGUCUUUCAGUCCUUGUGGAGAUUAACAGAGAAUCAUCCUCGGACAACAGUAUUCCAGCCCCCCAUUCCAAGACAUGAUGCUAGAAAACCCAAACAAAGUAAUUCUUCAUACACAAUUUCCGCACAUGACAUGGGAAUCAGUGAGGAAGAGUGGGAAAGACUGCAGAAGGCCCUGGAAUGGCCCAGUCCAGAUCAAGAAAUCACUGAGCUUAGUGAAAGCACAAGUCCAGUCCACUCAAAGUUCUCUAUUGUGGGACUCAAUCAGAAUUACAGCGUGGGAGAAAAGAUCCUGGUUACUAUCACUGCCAGAGACCAGAAGAAUAGCCUAAAAAGAUACGGAGGAGAUUUUUUCAAAGUUAAGCUGUUCAAUUCAAAGCUGAAGGCGAGUGUGUAUGGAGAGGUUGUGGAUCAUCGUAACGGGACUUACUCUGCUUCUCUUCUUCUGCCCUGGGAAGGUCAAGCACAAGUUUCUGUUCGUCUGGAGCACUCCAGUGAGGUUGUGCAGAUUCUGAAAAAAUACAGGGAGUCGUCAUUCACACGCAGCCACUAUAACGGACACUUUGAAGGACCAGGACCCAAAAAAACCAGGAUCAGUGAAGAUGUAGCAUGUAACCUUAAGUGGGGCGCAGAUGGGAGCUGGAUUAAAGGCAACUGCUGCUGCGAGUAUAAGGAUUUAAAAACAGGGACGGUGUGGCACUGUGAGAGACCUAAGAAACUUUCUUGUGACAAACUGGUUUAUCACUCAAGAGGAGGUCUGGAAAGUCCAUUAAAUCAUUUUGAGGAACAACUUUUCACAAAAAAAUUAACAAAUGUUUUAAUUAAUGGAGACACACAAUUAAUUAACGUCCAUCCCAAAACAAACAACGGCACAUUGGAGAGAUGCAGACCUGGUCUGACAACACCAGUACCUGCAGGUUUCUAUCUGAAUGAUGUCUGGAAGUCUUUUGUGUGCAAAACCCAACACUUCAAUUCUGCACAAACUGGAAAUUGCCUUAAAAGCAAGAUUGUCUAUUUGAUGGGAGACUCCACCACAAGACAGUGGUUCGAGAAUUUAGAGAGAAAGGUGCCAGGCAAGUUAUUCAGUGAUAUAAAUGACAGCCCUUAAAGCAUGGAAUACAGUAU